CACGCAGCUUCCCGAGAUCUCGCGUUUCUCCGAGAAGACGCCAGCGUGAGCGUCACACUGGUCGGAAUAAAGCCGGUUUCUGCUUUUAAUUCAUCACCUGAUCGGAUAUAAAACACCAGCGGGAGGCUCCAGGAUGUCUGACAGCGAGGACAGCGACUUCUCCGACGCGCAGAGUGAGCGCAGCAGCGACGGGGAGGCCGAGGAGGUGAACGAGGAGGAGACGGGCAGCCCUGUGGGCAGCGACAAGGUAGCAGAGGAGGAGGGGGAGGACCUGCUGGAAGAAGAGGACGAGUACGAUGAGGAGGAAGAGGAAGACGAUGAUGACCGUCCCAGGAAGAAGCCGAGGCACGGAGGGUUCAUCCUGGACGAAGCCGAUGUGGACGAUGAGUAUGAGGAUGAGGAAGACCAGUGGGAGGAAGGAGCUGAAGACAUUCUGGAGAAAGUUAACGAGGAGGCUGAAGUGUCAAACAUCGACCAUGUGGUUCUGGAUGAAGACCACUCGGGAUCCAGACGGCUGCAGAACCUCUGGAGAGACUCCAGAGAGGAGGCGCUGGGUGAAUAUUACAUGAGGAAGUAUGCCAAGUCCUCAGGAGGAGAGCAUUACUCCGGAGGGUCCGAGGAGCUUUCUGAUGACAUCACCCAGCAGCAGCUACUUCCUGGUGUCAAGGAUCCCAAUCUGUGGACGGUCAAGUGUAAGAUCGGAGAGGAGAGGGUGACGGCCAUCGCUCUGAUGAGGAAGUUCAUCGCCUACCAGUUCACCGACACGCCUCUGCAGAUCAAGUCCGUUGUCGCCCCGGACCACGUCAAAGGCUACAUCUACGUGGAGUCGUACAAGCAGACGCACGUGAAGGCGGCCAUCGAAGGCAUCGGGAACCUGAGGAUGGGCCUGUGGAACCAGCAGAUGGUCCCCAUCAAGGAGAUGACGGACGUCCUCAAGGUCGUCAAAGAGGUCACCAACCUGAAGCCCAAGUCCUGGGUCCGGCUGAAGAGAGGCCUGUACAAGGACGACAUCGCUCAGGUGGACUACGUUGAACCGAGUCAGAACACCAUCUCUCUGAAGAUGAUCCCUCGUAUAGACCUGGACCGGAUCAAGGCCAAGAUGAGUCUGAAAGACUGGUUCGCUAAGAGGAAGAAGUUCAAGCGGCCGGCUCAGAGGCUGUUUGAUGCUGAAAAGAUCAGGUCUCUGGGAGGAGAGGUCAGCCACGACGGAGACUUCAUGAUCUUUGAGGGGAACCGUUACAGCCGCAAAGGAUUCCUGUUCAAGAGCUUCGCCAUGUCGGCUGUGAUCACAGACGGAGUGAAGCCGACGCUGUCAGAGCUGGAGAAGUUUGAGGACCAACCUGAAGGAAUCGACCUGGAGGUGGUCACAGAGUCAGGUAAGGAGCGUGAACACAACCUCCAGGCCGGUGACAACGUGGAGGUUUGUGAGGGAGAGUUGAUCAACCUGCAGGGAAAGAUCCUCAGUGUGGACGGCAACAAGAUCACCAUCAUGCCCAAACACGAGGACCUGAAGGACCCUCUGGAGUUCCCGGCUCACGAGUUGAGAAAAUAUUUCCGGAUGGGCGACCACGUGAAGGUGAUCGCCGGUCGGUACGAGGGCGACACCGGCCUCAUCGUCAGGGUGGAGGAGAACUUCGUCAUCCUCUUCUCCGACCUCACCAUGCACGAGUUGAAGGUUUUGCCUCGAGACCUGCAGCUCUGCUCGGAGACGGCGUCCGGCGUCGAUGCAGGAGGGCAGCACGAGUGGGAGCUGGUCCAGCUGGACCCCCAGACCGUCGGGGUCAUCGUCCGGCUGGAGAGAGAGACGUUUCAGGUGUUGAACAUGCACGGGAAGGUCAUGACGGUGCGGCACCAGGCCGUGAACCGCAGGAAGGACAACCGCUUCGCCGUGGCGCUGGACUCGGAGCAGAACAACAUCCACGUCAAGGACAUCGUCAAGGUCAUCGACGGGCCGCACUCGGGCCGUGAAGGGGAGAUCCGUCACUUGUUCCGAGGCUUCGCCUUCCUCCACUGCAAGAAGCUGGUGGAGAACGGAGGCAUGUUCGUCUGCAAGACCCGACACCUGGUGCUGGCUGGUGGAUCCAAGCCCAGAGAUGUGACCAACUUCACGGUGGGAGGGUUUGCUCCAAUGAGCCCUCGGAUCAGCAGUCCCAUGCAUCACGGAGGAGGAAGUUCUCCACAGAGAGGAGGAGGUGGAGGAGGAGGAGGUGGAGGAGGAAGGAGGAGGCGGCGGAGGAGGGGGAUGGGGCGGGGCCGAGGACGCCGAGACAACGAGCUGAUUGGACAGACGGUCCGCAUCUCUCAGGGUCCCUACAAAGGUUACAUUGGUGUGGUGAAGGACGCAACAGAGUCUACAGCCAGAGUGGAGCUGCACUCCACCUGUCAGACCAUCUCUGUGGACAGACAGCGCUUAACGACCAUGGGAGCUAAGAGACACAGCGGGAUGACCUCCACCCAUGGGCGUACCCCCAUGUACGGCUCCCAGACUCCCAUGUACGGCACCGGGUCCAGAACGCCCAUGUACGGCUCUCAGACGCCGAUACACGAGGCUGGAAGCCGUACGCCUCACUACGGCUCUCAGACCCCACUGCAUGAUGGGAGCAGGACGCCGGGCCAGAGCGGAGCCUGGGACCCCAGUAACCCCAACACACCUUCAAGGAACGAAGAGGAGUACGACUUCGGCUUCGACGACGAGCCCUCCCCGUCCCCUCAGGGCUACGGGGCCCCCAACCCCCAGACCCCCGGUUACCCAGAAGUCCCCUCUCCACAGGUCAACCCUCAGUACAACCCUCAGACGCCUGGCACGCCUGCUAUGUACAACACAGAGCAGUAUUCCCCCUACGCCGCCCCGUCCCCUCAGGGCUCCUACCAGCCUAGUCCCAGUCCUCAGAGCUACCACCAGGUGGCGCCCUCGCCGGUCGGCUACCAGAACACACACUCUCCAGCCAGCUACCACCCGACACCCUCCCCCAUGGCCUACCAGGCCAGUCCGAGUCCCAGUCCGGUGGGCUACAGUCCCAUGACGCCCGGAGCGCCCUCUCCUGGAGGCUACAACCCCCACACCCCCGGCUCCAACAUCGAGCAGGGCGGCAGCGACUGGGUGACCACCGACAUCCUGGUCCGGGUGAAGGACUCCUUCAUGGACCUGAUGGGGCAGACCGGGGUCAUCAGGAGCGUCACGGGAGGGAUGUGUUCAGUGUUCAUGCAGGAGUCAGAGAAGGUGGUCAGCAUCAGCAGCGAUCACCUGGAGCCCAUCACUCCCACCAAGAACAACAAGGUGAAGGUGAUCCUCGGGGAGGACCGCGAGGCCACGGGGAUCCUGCUGAGUAUCGACGGAGACGACGGCAUCGUCCGCAUGGAGCUGGACGACCAGCUGAAGAUCCUCAACCUGAGGUUCCUGGGUCGCCUGGACCACUGAGGGGGGGGCACAGAAACACUCCCCAGAGACUGUCUGAAUGCUGAAGGCUGUGCUGUGGAAGGCAGACAUGUUGGGAUUCAGUUUUUAUUACUCUAAAGAUCCAAACCCGCCCACAGAUCCCAGUUACAGUCUGACACACACACUUCUCUCUGUGCAUCUCGCUGUUUUCCAUCAUUGGCAGCUCUCUCUCUCUCUCUCUCUCUCUCUCUCUCUCUCUCUCUCUCUCUCUCUCUAUGUGGUCGUUUUUAUUUUAUUUUUUUAACUUUUUCGUUAGCUUAACUGUAUUCUCACCAGUGGUCUGAAUCUGUUUUUAGUGCUUUCUGAAUGUUCUGUCAGUACUUAAUUUGUUUUUCUUGGUGGAGGAGGUUAAAAAAACAAAGUGUAACAUGUCAAUAAACUGUGAACCAGUUGAUGCGUUUCUCUACAUGGUGGAUUUUUGGCCUCAGGGCUGUGAAGGUUAAGAGGUCACACAAUAAAUACUCAUUAAUAGUGGUGUAACGGACCUCCCAUUAAUUACACAGUUUAUCGUUAACCAUCACAGUGUGAAUAAAGUUUUACUGACAAUUGUUUUCCUCCAAUAUUCAGUAAAACAUGAGAUCAGGAUUCAUUUAUGCUUCUCUAGUCUCUGAUCUCUGAUAAUGUUACAUUGUGAACAACCAAUCUGUGUUUAAACCAACAGGAGAGCUAGUAACGUUAGCAGCACCGCUAACGGAUAACAGGAGGAGAGCUAGUAAC